GUCCUCCUCCUCCUCACCACUAUGGUCACACCACUGACCUGCCUCUCGGAAAAGCACGGAACCUCGCUGAAAUGUGUACGUGAACUUGCUCUCGUAUAUCGAUAGAGUACAAAUCGGAGCUUUAGCAAAGAAGAUUACAACCCACCUUUUAAGUCAUGGAUUAAUUUUUGUCGAUUGAUCGACAACUUUAUCGGUACUUCCAGAGGCUUUUUGGCUUUGUCUGGCUAACGUAACGAGGUAUAUUUUGGGGAUAGGAGUAUAACUGUGUGGGCACACGGGAAGGAAGGAGGAUUCAUCCGAUUCGCCCCAACCUGGGCUUCAUGCAUGUGAGUCGUCCUCUCAACCUGGGCUUCAUGCAUGUCAGAGGUACAUUCUCAAGGCUACUGCUGCAGGCCAUAUACUGAUGGAAACACACUGCCAGAGGCACCACAGGGGUGCUUUUGAGAAUGACCUAAAGACCAGUUUUAAAAAAACAUAAUCACCCAGAGAACUAUUGAGGACUAGAACGUUCAAUACGUGUUGUGUUUCUUUUUUGGCCCGAAGUGUGUUUGCUCAGUUAAUACAUUCUCAGAAAAACAAGAAGAGUAACCAAUUGGUGGGACCUGCCCGAACAAGUUAUUCACACAGUGUUUAUUUUCUAAAGAAAUAACAGCCCUGUGGAAAAAAAAGUAAUCAAGAUGGCUGCGGAAGGAUAUCAGUACAGGGCACUUUACGACUACAAGAAGGAGAGAGAGGAGGACAUUAACCUCCAUGUGGGGGACAUCUUAACAGUGACCAAAGGGGCCCUGGGGGCUCUCGGGUACAGCGACGGCCUGGAGGAAAGGCCCGAGGACAUUGGCUGGCUGCCUGGCUUUAAUGAAACCACUCAGGAAAAGGGGGACUUCCCUGGGACAUAUGUGGAGUUCAUUGGGAAGAAGAGGAUCUCUCCUCCCACUCCCAAGCCGAGACCCCCCAGACCCUUACCCAUGGCCCCGGGCUCUUCCAAGGCUGACUCUGGUGAUGAACAAGGCUCAGCCCUACUGGACCUGACAGAGCAGUUUUCCCUCCCAGAGACGGCUCCCCCCAUGCUUGCCAGGCUGCUGGAGACCAUUGAGAAGAAAGGUCUGGACAAUCCAACUCUGUACAGGACCUUCACAGCCGGUGGUGGACUAGAUGUCAGACAGUGCUUUGACACUGAUCCUCCCUCAGCAGACCUGGACCAGAUGGACCUGCAGAUGUUGUGUGACGGUCUGAGUCGGUACCUGCAGGACCUUCCCCAGCCUGUCAUCCUACCAGCCAUUUACAGUCAGCUGGUCCACACCGCCCAAGAGGUGCAGAGCCCUGAGGAGUGUGCCCAGCAGCUGCGUCACAUCGCCAGCGCACCCAGCCUUCCGGCCCAGUACUGGCUCACCUUCCACUGCCUACUGCGCCACUGGUCCCGGGUGUGUCACAAUGCACCAAAGAACCUGCUCAGCUCCCGCACGCUCGGUGAGAUCUUCAGCCCGGUGCUCUUCAGACAGCAGGCUGCCAGCUGUGAGCCCAGCCCAGAUGCUCACAUCAAGAUCAUCGAGACCCUUGUGACCAGCGAAUGGACAGAAGCCCAGGCUGCUCCAGCCCUACCUCCCAAGCCGCCCAAACCCACAGCCCCUGCUGUCACUAACAACGGUAUGAACAACAACAUGGCGCUGCAGGACGGCGAAUGGUACUGGGGAGACAUCUCCCGCGAGGAGGUCAACGAGAAGCUGAGGGACACGGCCGACGGUACGUUCUUGGUCCGUGAUGCCUCCACCAAGAUGCACGGCGACUACACGCUCACGUUGAGAAAAGGGGGUAACAAUAAGCUGAUCAAGAUAUUCCAUCGGGAUGGGAAAUAUGGCUUCUCUGACCCCCUGACCUUCAACUCAGUGGUGGAGCUCAUCAACCACUACCGCAACGAGUCGCUGGCCCAAUACAACCCCAAGCUAGACGUCAAGCUGCAGUUCCCCGUCUCCAAACACCAGCAGGAUCAGGUGGUGAAGGAGGACAACAUCGAGGCUGUGGGGAAGAAGCUCCAUGAGUACCACCAGCAGUACCAGGAGAAAAACCGAGAGUACGACCGCCUCUACGAGGAGUACACCAGGACGUCCCAGGAAAUCCAAAUGAAGAGGACAGCGAUCGAAGCCUUCAACGAAACCAUCAAGAUCUUCGAGGAGCAGUGCCAAACGCAAGAGCGGUACAGCAAAGAGUACAUUGAAAAGUUCAGGAGGGAAGGCAAUGACAAGGAAAUCCAGAGGAUCAUGGGCAACUAUGAGAAGCUGAAGUCUCGUAUCAGUGAGAUCGUGGACAGCAAGCGGCGUCUGGAGGAGGAUCUGAAGAAGCAGGCCGCUGACUACCGAGAGAUCGACAAACGGAUGAACAGCAUCAAGCCCGACCUCAUCCAGCUCCGCAAGACCAGGGAUCAGUACCUCAUGUGGUUGACCCAGAAGGGUGUCAGGCAGAAGAAGCUCAACGAGUGGCUGGAAAUCAAGAACGAGAACACGGAAGAUCAAUACUCUAUGGUGGAUGACGAUGAGGACCUCCCACACCACGACGAGCGCUCCUGGAAGCUGGGCAACAUCAACCGGCUGCAGGCUGAGGCACUCCUCCGGGGGAAGAGAGACGGAACAUUCCUGGUCCGAGACAGCAGCAAGGCAGGAUGCUACGCCUGCAGUGUUGUUGUGGAAGGUGAGGUGAAGCACUGUGUCAUCAACAAGACGCCCUCAGGGUUUGGCUUCGCCGAACCUUACAACCUGUACAACUCACUCAAAGAACUGGUCCUCCACUAUCAGCACACGUCACUGGUCCAGCACAAUGACUCUCUGAAUGUUACGUUAGCGCACCCCGUCUACGCACAGCAGAAGCGGUGAGGACCCUCCUGGCCAUUCAGUUGGGCAAAAACAUGAAAGAGACUUGUUUUCCUAAAAAUGUAUAUUUAUAUAUUGUGCUCGGACUUUGGACUCAAAGAUUUAAAAAAAUUAUUAUUAUUAAAAACUAGGCCUGUGUCUUGCCUACUAACAGACGUUUGACCCAGGAGAGAGGAAAGGACUAAAGAGACUAACGCAAAACGAAGCCUGAAAACAUUUCAGUGACUGUGAACUGACUGUGAGCAGAGUCGAGAGCCUGAAUGUAGGUUUGUCGUGCGUAUUGUGGGAGUCGAGGUGAAACUGCUGAACUCUCUCCCCAGCGGAGGACAUCGGAGGCCUUUUCCUAAUGGUGCUUGUUCUUUUCAAAGCUUUACCAGCUGGAAUGUCAAAACGCAGAUAAAACUUGAGUGCAUCAUUUUUUCUUUUCCCCCUUCUUGCGUUUUUACUUUCAAGUCUAUCCCCCUGCGGGUGUCUGUGUGUCCAUGUGACCAAAACUCACAGUAUCUGAAAGCUGUUGGGGGUGUGUGUGUGUGUGUGUGUAAGUGUUCAGUGACAGACCAUGGAUCAGCUGAUAAAUGUAGCAAAAUGGCACUUUUGACAAAGUAUAAUCGUUUUCUUGAAAAGACUCCUACGGACUUACAGUGCAGAGACUCUAAACUGUUCUCUACUGUGGAUGAGUGAGAAUAUGAACUUACUUCAUUAUGUAUAUAUACAGAGGGGAACGUCAGUACACAGCAAACCUACCGCACCAUACCAAAAACAAAGCUCAGUUACUGUUCAGUUAUGUCCUAAUCUGCUAUGCAAUUAUGUAUCUCCCUUAUUUCUACAAAGUUGUUUUUAUGCUGUUGCAAACCCAUAAUAUAAGCUUGUUUUUAAUGCUUGAGAAAGGUUAUUUCCCAUGUAAAUGUUCAAGAGGAUAUUUUGUGUCAAAAUGCCACGAUAAAAACUGCUUCAGAUUUUUAAGAAAGUAAAUAAUAGUAACAUAUACUUUAUUACAAAUGACUUUAUCAGCAACGUAUAUAAAGAUGGAAAAUAUGAGUAUUUUAUUAGUGCUUUUGUUUGCUUCAAACUGAUGUUCUCAGGCAGAGCCUUUUGAGUAUUUGACAGUUGCUUCAGUCACAAGAAAUAUUUCUAACAUAGCCACGUGUUUUUAGGUCUUUGUCGAAACAGAGGUAGCAUCCCAAGUGGCACCCUAUUCCUUAUAGUAUACAGGGGAUAGUGUGCCAUUUUAGAAUGAUGGGAAUAUUUGUUGAUUACUGCAAUCAUAAUGGUGCAUGUUGUACUCACCUUUUCAACCAUCUCCAUGGAAACAACAGUAUAGAUUUAUUUUGUUAUAAAACCUUUCCCCCAAGGAAAUCAGAGCAAAUCGGUGUCUUGAAAUGAUGGAAAUUGUUAUUAAAAAGAUCAAUUGGGAGACAUUUUAUCUUCCCCUA